AUGAACAUGACGAUUACUGCCUCAAACGUUAGGCCGUCGCGAUUGUUAGUGUCGAUACUAUCUGUGUUUUUUCAAUCUAUCAACAAGGCAGAGACGACAGAUUCGGCAGGAGUGGUUACGACGAAGGAAAUAUUGUCGUUGUCAACAUCACUGGCGCUGUCCCUACGUAGAAAUGUCUCGCAGACGACAUUGUCCCUAGCGGAAGAGGUAUCGACUACGGGCAAAGACCACUCACGCUCCGAUCAAAGCAGUGACAUCCACAACCACGCCAAUAGAGAAAUCCGUGACAACCACGCCAGGAAUAAAGAUAGCUACAACAUUGGAGAUCACAUCAACAACAACAACUACAUCUGA